ACAUUCAUAUAAGCGAAAGAUGUUGCGAUUUCUGGAAAUACAAAACCUUGUAAAAUAUAUUCCUUUCAUUUUGUUAUCGUGGAAUUAAUGGUAAUACCUAUGGAGAUAUACUGUUGCUUUAUUCUUGAACUGAAUGGGUAAUUUUCUUGUGUUUUUGACAAUAUUCUCAACGUUUACUAAAAGUGAAACAGCAUUUAUAAUAACACAAGAUGGCGGAAAUGCAAAACUUAAAUGAAAAGGACGCUCUUAUGCAUAAAUAUUAUAUUCUCAUGAAAGAGAGACAAGCAAAAAAGGAACAUACAAAAGCCUACUCUUCGAGUCAUGGUCAGAAAGGAUUACUUAAAGGGGAAAUAUUGGUUGGAAAUGUGAAAACAUGUGUUGACUCUACAAAGGGAACAAUAAGACUACAUCCUUACGAUAAAACAACAUAUUUCUCAGACUGUCCUGUGGGAGAAGUGCAUUCACUUGAAGAUGAAGAAGCGAGAUUAUUACUUUCCUUCAAAUCCAACGAUGAACGAUAUAAAUUCUUUGUAGAUAGUUCUUUACACAUUGGAAAAAAGAUGACUAUUGGCACUCAUGUUUUUGUGAAAGUUCGAUCUUCUUUUGGUGGAAGUAGUCAGGAGGUGCGGGGUAUAAUUAGGUACAAAGGACCUUUACCAGGAGAGCAUGGUACAAUGUUUGGUGUUGAGCUUCUAGAAGGCCGAGGAAGAGGCACAACUAAUGGAUAUUUUAAAGCACAAAGAUUUUUUAUGUGUGAUAAUGAUUGUGGAAUCUUUGUAUCAUUAGAAAAACUUAGGUUGUGUGAAGACAAAAAAGAUAUGAAUGCAAGUGAAGACAAAAAAGAUAUGAAUGCAAGUGAAGACAAAAAAGAUAUCAAUGCAAGUGAUGACAACUUACUUAUCAGAAUGAAAAAUAAAGUUGUAGAAGGUUUUACCAACAUUUUUCCAAUGGGUGAGCUGUCAGAUGAAAAAUCCUUGGCAAUACAGGACAGUUACAUGGGUCAUAAACCUGGAGAUAUUGUAUGGGUAUUUAUAAAUGAUAAAAAACCACAUCCUGGGAUUAUUAGAUAUAUUGGUAGGGUACCAGGUGAAGAUGGAAUUUAUGCAGGCAUUGAAAUGGGCAAACCAAUUGGCCAAGGUAAUGGAGAGUACAAUGGUAAACAAUUAUUUAAAUGUCACAUGGACCAUGCUCAUUUUACACCUGUUGAAUUUGUGAUGUUUGAAGAAAAUUAUUUAGAACUUUAUGAACAUGAACAAAAUUCUAAAGGGACUAGCGAUUCAAGUGAAUCAACGGCAAAACCGUCAUCUACACCUCCAAAAACAUCUAAGGACAUUCUAAAAAUGGAGUCAGAUUUUGCAAAGGAGUCAGAAGAUGCCAUCAUUAACCAACAGGAAAAAAUCUUGAAGCAAAUUGAAAAACAGAAAUUAGCUGAGAAAAAACAAGUAGAGAAGAAUGGGUUUGGUGGUGGAGAAAAACCACUUGAUGAACAGUGGAAGAAAGAAAAUCGAUCUAAAGUCAACAAUCAUGUUUCCCAGCUCACUCUGGAAAUGAAUAAACAAUAUAUUAAAGAACCACAAAUUUCAGCAUCUACAAACCAAUUUAAGAGAGAGAGUGGAGGUAUUUCUUCACAAAAUGAACUAGAUAUUGGUUCAAUGGUUGAGGUACUUAGCAAAAAUACAAAAGCCAAAUAUGGUGUGAUUCGAUGGGUAGGAUUUGCUGCAAAUAGCGAGAAGAAAAUUGCAGGACUAGAACUGGAAGAGGAAAUGGAAGCAUGCACAGAUGGAACAUUUCUUGGCAAACGUUAUUUCACUUGUCCACCCAGGCGUGGCUUCUUCGUUCAUCUUCACAACUGUUUACCAGACUCAAGAUUUCAGACAAAUUCCAUGGAGAAACAUGUCAACAAACGUUUGACAGGAACAGACUUUGGACCUUAUAAAUCACCAAAAAUACCAGAUGACCGGUUCAUCCCUCCUCCAGAAACACUGGAUAUCUACAUUUCUAAAGAAGCUCGAGGGAUACAAGGACAUCACAAUUCUUGUUAUUUGGAUGCAACAUUGUUCGCUGCAUUUGCCUUCUCAUCUGUAAUGGACGCAAUAUUAUUACGACCGAGAAACGAUGAUGAUAUUAAUGAUUAUGAGAAAGUACAGACAGUUCUAAGAAAUAAUAUAAUUUAUCCUUUAAGACAUUAUGGAUUCGUUCGUGCAGAUCGUGUUUUUGAACUACGAGAGCAUCUGGACAGACUAGGAACUGUCACAGGAUUGGUUGGAGAGGAGAAAGAUCCUGAGGAGUUUUUAUCAACUCUUUUUCGGCAAGUCCUGAAAACGGAGCCAUUUUUAAAAUUAAAGUCAGGAAAUGAAGUCCACAACGAAUAUUUGUAUCAAGUCCUGGCAGUCAAAGAUGCUGAACGUGUUCUACCAUCUGUGGAGGAAAUUCUCAAAAGAUCAUUUCAUCAAAAUAAUUUAAAACUUGCGGAGGUACCGUCAUGUUUAAUCGUGCAGAUGCCUCGAUUUGGAAAACAAUACAAAAUGUACGGAAGAAUAUUACCAUCGCUCACGAUCAACAUUGGAGAAUUGGUUGACAACGCUCCCCAGGACUGCGCGGUGUGUGGAAGACUAGCGAAAUACCAUUGUAGAGAAUGCUUCAGCAUAACUGGUUUUGACGACAAUGAUAGCUCUGGGAACUUUUGCUUGGAUUGCAACAAACGACAACACUCGCAUGUGAAAAGAACAGGCCACAAGUUUCAACCUUUGAACAUGUCUCGCGAGAUUUGUCAAACGUAUAUGGACAGGGCGGUGGAACAUCGAGACAUGGAACUGUUUGCAAUCAUUUGUAUCGAGACAAGUCAUUACGUCACAUUUGCCAAAUGUCAAGAACCAGAUGGUGAAGUGAAGUGGUGUUUCUUUGAUAGUAUGGCUGACAGAGUAGGUACAAAGAACGGGUAUAAUGUUCCGUCAGUGACAGAGUGUCCUGAGGUGAUCGAAUGGUUGUCCUCAGAGAAACAAAACAGAGAAAGAAUUAUCAACACGAACGACAAGGAUUUGCCGGACAGAGUUCGUAGGAUUCUUGGAGAUGCCUACGUCUGUCUGUACCAAAGCAAGGAGAUGUCUAUGUACAAAUGAGUGUAAUGAUCUAUGUCGAUAUAUGAAAUAAUGGCUAGUGUGGCUAUAAUCUGUUAGUAAAAGGAUGUGUAACAUGGGAAUCUCAAACUAAUUAAGGCUGUUAAUAUGUUUGUACCAUAUCAUAAAACCAAGGUUUAAUUA